AUUCAUCACCAACCACCUUUAAUCAAAUUCACAUCUCACCUUAAAAAGCACACACUCACUCCAGACUUUUCCGUCUUCUUAAUCAAAUCAAUUCCCAGUCGGGAAGGUGAAGUUGUGCAAGUUGUUCUGGUCGUACAAAUUUUCAACUUUAAGUGUGAACUGGCAGGAUAGGAUAAAUCUAUAAAUUUCCGAUAUGAGAUCUCAUCGGAAGAAGAGGAGACGUACUACGUGAGUGAAUAAGAAUUUUAUUUCUGCAGGGUUAGUGGACUCGAAGCAAGAAAACUAAUAAGAUUCCAAUCCAUAUAAAGAUAAAAGAUCUUGGUGAGAGAAGAGCAAAACCGCACCGCAAAUUCCCACGCCAUGCUCCCGGCAACAAGUUUACACUGCAAAGUGAUGUGCUACGAUUCGCAUUCGCUGUGUAAGAAAUCAAACUUUUGACGAAAACAUUUCUAAAAUUGGAUUAGAAAAUUUUAAAGUGGGAAAGUUUUAGUGAAUAUGAAAUAAAACAAAAUGACGUAAUUUCAUAGAAUGCGUUGCAUUGCAUCGAUAAAGUUUAACUGUUUAAACAUGUUUAAACAUAUUUGAUAAACCAAAACAUUUCUAAAAUUGGAUGAGAAAAUUUUAAAGUGGGAAAGUUUUAAAGUGAGAAUAAAAUAAAAUGACGUAAUAAUUUCGUAGAACGUGUCGCAUCAAACUUAUCUAUUUGAUAAGCCAGGCACGCAUUCUUACCCGAAAAGUUAUGGAGGAUCAUCCUCCUCUCAUCACUAAUAAUAAAUGAUGCAAGGAAUAUUUAUUAUUGAUAUUCGUACUGAAAAUGGAUAAGUGGUGGUGGUCUUGGUCGUCGCAUCAGUGAUGACGAAUUUUGGUCACUUUAUCGAAAAAUUUAAUUCAUUCCGCGUCAAUCACUCAUCAAGUCGACAGCACAAUAACAAUUAAAUUUAUUUAAGAAUGUAUAUGUGCAGUUUUGUUAAGUUCAGAUAUUUGCAUGCCAAAAAUAUUUCCGAGUACUAGUGCUGCUUAAAAACUUCAGUUGUGCAAUUCAAUGUCACUUCAUUAGCAUGGUAUCGUUUUACAUGCAUAUCGAAUCGAUAAGAAUCAAUACGUAUGCAAAUACCCACCGCGCUUAUCAUCCUUGCUCGACAGAUAUGUAUUGGACAUGAUUAAUUGUCGUCACUCUUAUCAAUGAUCGUCCCCUGGUGGUGGUCGUGGUGGUGAUGUGACGAUUAAAAGUAUACUUUUUUUCCGAGAAACCUCACCCUGAAAUAUUUUUCGCAAAGUUAUAAAAUUACGCGAAAAUUGUGUAUAAAAUUUUCAUGAAAAUCUUCCCAGUGACAUUUUUGAAGUGAAAUAAAUCCAUAAGUUCAUAAAAUAACCCGUUUUUCCUUAAGUUCCCAUCAAGAUUUUCAUUCAGCAUGGCGGAUCGAUUUCAUAAAGCGGCCCGUGACGGUUAUUUGGAAGCGUUAAAGGAAGCGACGCGCAAGGACCUCAACACAAAGGAUGAAGACGGCAUGACGCCCACUCUUUGGGCGUCCUUCGAAGGAAAUUUGGACGCCUUGAGACUCAUCGUGGGGCGAGGCGGUGACCCGGACAAAUGUGACAACUACGGGAAUUCCGCCCUCCACUUCGCCGCGGCUCGUGGUCACAUGCCCUGCGUCUCAUUUCUCGUCAACUUUGGCGUCAACAUGUGGGCCUUGGAUAUCGACUUCCAUUCCGCCAAAGAUUUAGCAGCGAUUAAUUCAAGGGACGAUAUUCUACGCUAUUUAGACGCCGCGAUUGGCAAGGAGGAAGUCAAAGAGCCGAAAAAGGUCAAAGCACACAAAGAAAAAGGCGUCCGUGAUGCCGAAAAGAGAGCCAAAGAUUUCGAAAAGUUGCAAAAAAAGGCGUCCAAACAGUCCGAAGAGGACAACAAAAGACUCGCCAGGGCCAGAAAGGAGAUGGAAAAGCAUGGCGGGACUGUUAAAGGUGGUACCGGCGACCCCGCCGCGGGUGGACCCCGACCUUCCAUGGCGUUCCUCUCCCUCCGCAAAGAUUCCCGUCUUUUAUACGCGUCCAGUCCUAAAUUUUCAGAAAUCGUGGCGAAUCAAGCCGCCACGGCGAACGCGAAACAGAGCGGGGCCGCAGGUGCGGGUGGGGUUCAUUAUACCGGCGUGUAUAAAAAAGUACAACAGAAAAAGGGCCAAACCGUGGCGGGUAAUAAGGCUCCCGCCGCCGUGCCAGAUUCAGAUUUUAAGGUCGCGGAAAUCGAGGCGGACGGGAAACGCUCGAUCCGUUCCUUAUCCGGGUUGAGACGGGACUCGGAAGUCAUGUACGUUCCAAAGUAUGACAUUUCCACCAACAAUUUGGGCAAACGGGGCAAAAUUGACGGCUUAUUUGAGGACAUUACCAACAUGGAUGAAAAUGGGCAAGCCAAUGGUCACAGCAACGGUGUCCUGCGAGGUGGGUCAGAGUCACCCCCGCCAAACAGAGGCACUGUGGGGCGAAGGGCCGGGUCAAUAUCGGGGAUUGGGUUGACAAGGUCAAUUUCACAGCCGGAUUAUAUGCAACAGGUGGGAACAAAUGAUGAUCGCGAACCUGGUGACGCAAUUCCUUCAAUCUUUGAACGCCCAGGAUUCGGUUCUAUGGCGUUUCGCAACUCGAUAACUUCAACGAUGCAAAAUUUCCCAAAUUUCAGUAAUAAAAAUGGACGAGCAGGAAGCGGGGAAAGUGGAGAAAGUCCGAAUAAUGGGAGCAGUAGGCAGUAUGAAGAGUCUGAUGAUGAUAUAGAAACCGGUCCGGUUGAACUGUUCUUAGCAGCGGCCGGACUUUCCAAAUAUAUUCCAACCUUUAUCCAAGAAAAGAUUGACUUGGAGGCACUCAUGCUUUUAACGGAAGAAGACCUAAAAUCCAUCGGAAUCGAGAUGGGCCCCAGGAGAAAGUUGCUCAAAGCGAUUCGCGACCGUCAAGCAGCCAUCGAAGAUCCCGGCGAAGUGAUCGACAGUCGUCUCUAAUUAGUUAAUUAAUUAGUCGUAAUAGUUAAUUAAUUAUCCUUAAUUAUAUCUACGUACAUCAUGAUUAGCGCUUAUCCUGACAGACCUUACCAGAAAGAAAGAUAGAUAACCAUACAUAAUUAAAUAUAUAACUACUUAUCUACAGAUUCAUAAAUGCAAUUACAACCCCCAGAGAGAUAGAUAGAUAACCCCAAAAAGUUACAUAUAUUUAUUGCAAAAACUUGUGCAAUUUUUUUUUGCAAAAAUCAGAACAAUAUUUUAUGCAACUUACAUAUGUACAUCUCUCGAGAUUAUUAUUAUGCAACCAGAAGGCGAAGGCGAAUAAAAGUGCAAUUUUAUUUUAACAAUGGAUAAGAAACUUA